CAUUUUAACCUUCGACUGGUACACAUUUAAUAUCGAGCAUGUGUUUGAAAAGGGUACGAAAGUCAAUACACAGUCGAGAGGUGAUAAAUGCUAUGGUUUAAGCAAGAAAAAUAAGCGUUGUAUCGACAGACAGUUCCUGACAAGAGAAGUUUGGUUCAGGAAGAUGGCGGUACAAGUUUCGCCGGUAUUAGAUGGCGGGAAAGAUGUGAUAACCAGUUGUAUAUGUAAGAUUAAAAGUAAGAAUUAUUCUGUCAGUCUGACAAACGGCGAACUAACAUGGCACAUUGCAGGCAACACGCAACAAAAAGGCCUACAAACCGUCAGCACAUUGGACAUACUUUCUGUGUCACUAAGGAGCUCAACAAAACAGGACAGUAACAGUGACAGUGUAUGUGUCUCCUAUGUUAGACAGGAGAAAAAUUUCAUAUUAAAAUCAUGUUCUGUUGUGUUCACAGCCGGUGAUUUACAGUUAAUCGGUAACCUUCAUCAGCAAAUCACCGAUGUGGUCAGAAAUGUUGGACGGAAACCAAAGAGGUUGUUGGUGCUGAUCAAUCCAGUGAGUGGUAGAAGCAAGGGUAGAACUGUCUAUGAACAAAAGGUGGCACCUAUCUUCCGGGAAGCUGGAAUAGACACAGAUGUCAUUGUCACAGAAAAAGCGCAUCAUACGGAGGAAAUAUUAUCAACAUAUGAUAUCAAGUCAAUAAAUGGGUUGGUUUUGGUUGGUGGGGACGGAUUGUACCACGAGGCAGUGAAUGGGUUAAUGAGAAAACUGGCAUCUGAACAAGGUCUUAAUGUGGAUGAUCCUGAUGAAACAUUACCCAGUAUUGAUCUUCCUAUGGGAUUGAUUCCAUGUGGUACUGGAAAUGGGAUAGCACAUGCUUGUUAUGGUAAUUAUGAUGUUACUACGGCAGCAUUGUCAAUCGCAAUAGGCUAUCAAUACCCGGCGAACAUGAUGAGUGUUCACAGUGGCAACAAGCUGAUUGCUUACAGUACCUUGUUGGCAGGUUAUGGGACAUGGGGUGACUUGAUUUAUGCAGCAGAAUCUAGAAGAAGUCAAGGAGUAUUGAGAUAUCCUAUUGCAAUGAUCGAGCAAAUGCUGAUAAAAGCCAUUCGCAGAUUUAGUUUGACAAUAGGGUAUACAAACAAAGAAAUCCCUGUAAAACAAAAUAAUACGGAAGUUGGCAUACAAGCAAAAGACGAAAUGGACAACACAGAUAUUGCUGCUAAUAUGAAAGAAACUCCAGAUAGCACGGCACAACCUGACGCUCCAAGUAAUCAAAGUCUUCAUUCAGCAACAAUAAAAGAGAGUGUGAUUGGGGCAAUAAUAUUUAUGCUGACACCUUCGGAAGCAUUUGCUUCUACUGAGGAGCCGGAUUUGUCACAGUCGGCAAUGUAUUUGAACAAGUCCUCUCGACGCAUGAAAUACAUCAGCUUCCUGUUUCAGCUGAUGACACUUAACUUCAAUGCCAUUGAAAGAAGAGAUGAUAUAACCAUUCUGCCUGGUAAACAAUGGACGUUAAAGUUAGAAGACCCAAGUCAGCCGGAAACAGAAAAUUGGGAACUUGAACACAUCAUGAAUAUUGAUGGCGAGAUUUUUAGAUUGCCUAAACCAGAAUACCAAGCAAAAUUGCUGUCUGACAGAAUAAAAUUGUUCAGCAAUAUGCAGUAUGCAACAAAAAGGGAGAUGAAAAAGAAAUGAUGCAUACAUUUGUAUCAAGAAUUUGUGUUCAGAAUCAAACAUUUUAUCGAAAGGAUAAAUAUAAUUAAUUUAUGUGUUUAGACACAUUAGAACUGGGUACUAGCUAAAGUAUCAUUAAGAAUAGAUAGAAACGGUUUUUAUGUCUUUUAAUAGAUAUAUCAUAUUUUGAUACUAGUUAAAGUGUUGUAUCAAUUUUCUUAAUCAGUGUAUUUAUAUUGUAUUUCCUAGUCUGGUUCGUAGCGUCUUGUUUAUGUCUGUCAGAGGUUUUUGUCUCCUAGAUAUUUAGAAAAAGAUUUACAUCUUUUUACAGAUUAACUAUCACAACAACAAUCUUAAAGUGCCGUGUGGCGGCUGUAAAAAGUCUCUCCCCGUUCUUGGAUUCAGUGUUGUUAUAUUUUCUGGUCCUUUGGGAUCAUGGAGUCCUUUCAAUAGAGGUGUAAUAGAGUUCCGCUUAAGUCGGUGCUGGGGGGGGCGUGAGAGGUGUUGCACAUUUUAUUACCUCUCAUGAACAUACUCAAUCAAACCGAGUCUGCUAUUAUUCUUUCUUGGUUGCAUUGAUCUUUUUACAAUUUUAUUUACUUCAUUCUUAAAUUUGACUGUUCAGCAAGCCUUAAUGCAUUUUGUACAUUUUGACUGAGAUAUGCUCCAUUCAUCGUAUAUUUUCUUCUUAAAGUGAGAUUGUUUGAUAUAUCUUUUAUAUUUGUGAGUUUGACAUUUAAAAAUCAUGAUUCAAAUCAGGGAAAAGCUUUGAACCUCUUCCAAAAUCUGACUUCUGUUUAUUACGAACAUUUAUGUUCGUCACAAUGCUGGUAUUUUGUAUAUACUGAUCUCAACAUUGAUUUAGAACUUCAUUGGAUAUUGACUUGCGAGAACCUAUUUGCAAAUAGCUUUAUUUAAUCGAAGACAGUUUUACUCUAAAGAACUUAAACAAUUUUGUCAUUUGACAUGUAUUUGCUUGUUGUCAAACCAGUUAAGAUUUAUAUUCAUAUUGUCACCUAGCUAAUUAUCAAAAAGAGGGUUAAUAUUCUUUCGCUCAUGGUCAGUCUGUCUGUCCGUCAGUCGGUAAACCAACUGGUUUUCGGUCAUUUACUAGAGAAUGCUUUGUCAAAAUUCACAUGAUGAUUGCCUACAACAAGUGAAUGGCUCCUAUUGUUUUAAGGUCAGUAGGUCACUCGUAGGAUGAUUGCCUAUGGUAUGUUGAUGACUCUGUCAUUGUGAGUGUCAGUAUUUCAAGGAUCAAAAUUACAAUGACUUCUAGACUGAUAACGGUUUCUUUUCAAUAAGAGGAUAAUCCUUUCCGUAGGUCUCGGGUCAAGGCCACAGUGACCGUAAGCCUGAAAAUGGUACAUGUACUGUUGUAUGGUUUCUGUUCUUGAAACAUGGCUGUUUCUACUAGCUGGAUCUUUGUUCGUAUGUUAGCUGCGUCUGAAUAGCCACUGUUGCAUUCCAUCGUUCCAAAGGAUCUUUUUAUACUUUUAUUAAUGAUAAUAGAGGUAUUAGUUAGGAGGAUAAAGAGAAACUGAGAAUGGUGCGAAAUAAAGGUCUCACAUGAAUGCAACGCAGACACUCGGUGCGAAUACAGUUGUCCUCCUUAUUCUUCAAAUUGUCAAGCUAAUAAUCUUAUACAUGGGAAGUUAACGGUUGUAAUAUCAGCCGUAAUAUACCAUUUAUAGAGCUUUAUAGACAGUAUUAAUGUUCUAUGCGUAAUAACUGGUAGUAUUUGAACGCAUUAUAUCAUCCCUGUUAUUUAAGGCCAUCUGAACUAGAACUUUAGGCUGAGUUACAUGUAAAUGCGGGUGGUUUAGCAUCUGUCGCCAAUUGCUCUUCGUCUUUUCCUUAAAGAUCAUUUCCUUCGAUAGCUUUUGCCAACCCUGCACCAAACUUUGACUUUAAUAUCCUUGCAUCGGCUUUCUUCAAGUUUACUUAAAAUGAUUCCUUUUGACUGAAUUUACGAGCUGCUGGAGCUAAAAACAAACUUAAAUACUUUCUCUACAUGACCCGCUUGAUGGACUUUCAUCAAACUGUGACUGAAUCGUCCUUUGACAGGUCUUUGUCAACUAAGUUCAAAUAGUUCCCACCUGACUAUUUAUGCGCCACCAGAGCGAAAAAUAUAUUAACAUUCUCUGAAGUACAACAAACAUGGUAUGCAGACACCUGGCCUCUGUCGAUUAUUAAACGGUUUCGCCUAACUGGAUUAAGGGGCAACCGGAGCUGAAGAUUAAAAAAAAAACGCAUUUAAACAACUGCUAGAUGGAUAUAAACUUAGCUUGGUCUGGGGUGACGCUUCUUAAGUUUGUUCAAAUGUUCCGUUUUGACCGCAUUUUGGGGACGUCAGCGAGAAAAUAUAUAUCUUUUUUUACAGUUUCUUCUUACGAAAUUACGGAUCAUUAUAAAAUUAAGUUUGUAGCAUCGGAUGGUCGCUUCUUAAUUUCCUUCAUCCUGGCAAUUUUUUCCAUGUUUGUUCAAAAGGUUCAACCUGUUCAGCUUGAAUUCCUUUAUUGGCCGCAAAAAUAAUGAAGAAGAAAGAACUUCAGAUGUUGUCUUCUUCCUUUUACAUAUUCCGAUGUUAAGCAUUAAAGAUAAUAAACAUAUUCAAUCUGUAACGUUUAAUAUAGAUUUCAUAUUUAUGGAAUUGACCGGAAGUUUGCACAGAGUAAAAGAUCAUUACAUUGGUAUUUUCAUAUAUACAUGUGCAUUAUAAUUAGCAUUGCUUAACUGUAAAAGUUUAUUUUCUGGGGAUUAUUUUAUUACAUUCCAUCUUUUAGAUACGUCUGUAAAUGAAAAAAAUAUGCAGGGCAUUAUUCUCAACUUUGCUGUGAUGCCUUGCUAUAAAUAUCGAUUGAAAUGCUAAUGAGCACAUGUAUUGGAAACACAAUUUGAAUACCGACUGUGUAUUGUAAUAAUGCUAAACUAUCUCAGCCAUGACGUGUCCUUAAGGAGAUACGGUCUGUAAAUGAAAAAAAUAUUCAGGGCAUUAUUCUCAACUUUGCUGUGAUGCCUUACUAUAAAUAUCCAUUGAAAUGUGCGGAACUCUUUAAUCAUGGGAAGAUAUCUCAAAAACAAGCACAGGGGCCUAUAUAAUUAUAGACCAUAUAAUAAGUUUAUUCACGACUGUGAGAAAUUUCACUAAAGUCUACAGUGCAGAAACAUUUCUGUUCGUGAAAAUGUUGCCAAAAUUGUAAUUUCCCCAUAG